UGACAUAUAGUGUUAGAGAAAGUGAAACCAAGUUGAACAACGACAGAGACUUUAACUAUCUAACCUAUCUGUCUUUAAUCUUACAACAGAAUAUUUCUUCGUUCAUGUGUAUUAAACACAGCUGAUAUUCACUCACAGUGAUGCCAUACACCAGUGAUCCAAUGACUGAGGAGCUUAAAUGUUCGAUCUGUCUGGAUUUGUUCAGUGAUCCAGUCAGCACUCCAUGUGGACACAACUUCUGCAAGAUCUGCUUGAAUACACACUGGGACAAAAACAGUCAUUACUGCAGGUGUCCAAACUGUAAAGAAACAUUCAAGCAGAGACCUAAACUCAAGAUUAAUACAACACUCAGAAAUCUUGUGGAUGAACAUAAAAAGAAAACUGGAGAGAAACAACCUGAAGUCCUCUGUGAAAUCUGUGAGAAAGUAAAACUGAAGGCUGUGAAGUCCUGUCUGAUGUGUCAGAGCUCUUACUGUGAAAUUCAUCUGGAGCCUCAUAGGAGAGUGACAGGUUUAAAGAAACACAAACGAAUUAAUCCCGUGAAUAAUCUGCAGGAUUAUAUAUGUCUGAAACAUGAGAGACCUCUGGAGCUCUUCUGUAGAGAGGAUCGGACAUAUGUAUGUCUGUCCUGUACUGAUGGAGAUCACAAGAAUCACAACACUGUGACUUUAGAAGAGGAGAGUAACGAGAAAAAGAUUGAGCUGUUGAAGACACAGACAGAUGUGCAGCAGAAGAUUCAAGAAAGAAUCGAGAAGAUUCAAGAUAUCAAACAUUCAGCAGAACUCAGAAGAAGAAACACAGAGAAGGAUAAAGCAGCCAGUGUGAAGAUCUUCACUGAUCUCAUCCAAUCCAUUGAGAGAAGUCAGUCUGAACUGAUGAAGAUGAUGGAGGAGAAGCAGAAAGCAGCAGAGAAACAGGAUGAAGAUCUCAUUAAAGAUCUGAAGCAGGAGAUCACUGAGCUGAAGAGAAGAAACACUGAGCUGGAGAAGAUCACAAACACUGAAGAUCAUUUACAUCUUCUACAGAUUUACUCAUCCUUGUGCAGGCCGUUAAUCUACAAGAACUGGCCUGAGAUCAGUAUGAAGAGUCAUCUGAGUGUGGAGAAGAUAAGGAGAUCUCUGACUGAACUGCAGGAGACUCUACAUGAGAAACUCAGUCAAGCUGUGUUGAAGAGGAUGCAGCAGUAUGCAGUGGAUGUGACUCUGGAUCCUGAUACAGCAAAUACAUAUCUCAUCCUGUCUGAUGAUAAGAAACAAGUGAGAUAUGGAGACAUUUGGCAUAAAGUUUGGGCUUUAUGGACGUCUAGCCCAGAUAUCCCAAAAAGGUUUGAUACAUCUGUACAUGUCCUGGGAAAGCAGGGAUUCUCAUCAGGGAGAUUUUAUUAUGAGGUUCAGGUGAAGGGAAAGACUGACUGGAUUUUAGGUGUGGCCAGAGAAUCUGUUUACAGGAAGGGAGAGAUCACACUGACACCAAUGAAUGGAUUCUGGACUGUGUGGAUGUGGAAUGAAAAUGAAUAUGCAGCUUUUGAACAUUUCUCUGUCUCUCUGUCUCUGAAGGUGAAACCACAGAAGGUGGGUGUGUUUGUGGAUUAUGAGGAGGGUUUGGUCUCAUUUUAUGAAGUUAAGUCUAGAUCCCAUAUCUACUCUUUCACUGAUCAAUCUUUCACUGGGAAACUUUAUCCAUUUUUUAGCCCAUGUUACAAUGAUAAAGGUAAAAACACAUCACCAUUGAUUAUUACACCUGUCAAUAAAAAUCAGUAAAUUUACUGAUAAAAAAUAAGAUAUUAGGUAAAUAUGUACAUGUUGCUUCCUGAUGACAAUCGUUUGUUAUUUUGAUGCCAUUGCUGUAAUUAUAGACUAAAAAUGAAGGUUAAAGAUAUUCAGAGGUAAAGGUAAGACCUUGAUGCCCAUGAACAGAUGAUUUUAGGGUACACUGUUAAAUUGAAGGUGGUCAAACAAAGAUUUAAGGGAGAUGUUUUACUUUUUUGUGUUUUGAAUUUGUAAAACUAUAAAUGUUUCUUACAGUCUAGGUAGGAUUGCCAACCUUGUCACUCUGAAAUAUGCGACAAAAGGUGGCCUGCCGCAGCAGUGCGGGUAUGGUUUUGUUUAUACAGUGUAUUGUUUUAAGCCAUUUGUCAAAACGAUAUCUAAUCGACUAAUUAAAUAUGAAUUCAUAACUCUUAUGGCAUGGCAACAUACGGUUUAUUAAUAGUUUAUUAAUUUAAUAGUUUGUUAAUUUAUUCAGUGAUAAAAUGCUUUUAACACUGUCCUUUAAUUGAACGGUUAUCUUUAAUAUCUAAAUCAAAACACCUGUGACUCCCGCACUAAGGGUAAAAAAAGUUAACCCCUUCAUGUUAAUCAUACAGUACAGGUGACAAACUAACAUAGUUCUGUAAGUUGUGGUUUUGCAGAGUCAACAUCAAAUACUUUAACAAAUAAUUAAAACGCAUUUACAGAUCGAGGCAUUUCAGGCAGGCCUAGAUCGGCCAUCUCUUCAGAAUUGAGACUGAGCUUUCUAACUAUGCAGACCUUAUCCAUACAUAAAAAAAGAAAACUUAAAAUCAUAUUAUAUGACCCUCUUAAAUGUAUACUGAUUGUGCUUGAGGGGGUUUGUGAUUGGAUUCCAAUUGGAAUCAAUUGGGCUCAAAAUAAGGGACUUGAUAAUACGGGUCAUUUGCCGACCCUAUAGUCCACUCCUGGGCAGUGAUGAGCUACUGGCAGCCCGUAGUCUGGAUGUGGCACAGCAAUAUCUUUAAAACAGCCCGCUGGACCAUAUUAUAUUUUGAUAAUCAAAAGAGGCCAGUGUAUAGCAACUAUAAAUCAUCUGAAAACACUAUGCCUUCAAAAGCGCUCUCAAGUAGGCAUGGGCCGGCAUGAGAUUUUGGCAGUAUGAUAACCUUAUGCAAAAACACUACGGUUUAACUGUGUUGCGGUAUUGCCAUUGCAACACUAAAAUAUUUUUUUAUGUCUGCGUUAACAAACAACAACUUUUCAACUGGACACAAUACGUUAAAUUUUGAAGCAACGUAAAACGUGUAUGCUAGGUAAAAAUAAAGCCUUUAAAUUAUAAUAUUUUAAAAAAAAUAUUAUAUUAAAUGUAAACAUCACAUUAAUUACAUGAUUUAAUGAUUUAAUUCAUUUUGUGUAAACACAGCUCAUACAGUACCUUGAAAUGGUGUCACAGAAAAUUUGAAACCAUGACUCUUUAAAACCUCGAUAUACCUUGAAACCGGUAACCGGCCCAUGUCUACUCUCAAGUGCCCUCAGCCAGGUGGCGUUUUCAGCUGUUUUAAAAUGCUUGGUGAACCCACAGCAGUUAGUAAGCACAUGAACGCUAAUGCAAACAUAAGCUAUGAUACCAAGCUUUCGUUCUACUCAGAUUUCAAAGGGUACAUUUUGGGAGAGGUCUGGAAAUGUUUGUGCUCAAUUGUGAUGUUGCUAUAUUCAGCAUUGUUAUUCAUGAUACACUCUUAAAAAUAAAGGGGCUUAAAAGGUUCUUCCCAGCGAUGCCAUAGAGAAAAAAAUUUUAGUUUCUCAAAGAAUUUGGUCAAAGGUUCUUUAAGAACCAAUUAGUUUAUACAUUUUUAUUAUCUGAAGAACCUUAAAGAAUAUUUUGUGAAACAGAAAGGUUCUUUAGAUGUUAAAGGUGCUUUAAAGAACAAUUUAGACAGAAAAGGCAUCAUGAAGCACUUUUAUUUUACAUAGUGUAAAAUGGAUUUAGUCAUAACAUUUGAAUUAUAAUAGCUAGUAUCAUCUGGUAUAACUUUAUUUUAUUUAAGCACUUUUGAACUCUUCUCUGAGCUUGGGAUAAGAAUGCUUUAAUCAAAAUUAGGACCUAAGAUUAAGAACAAAACAUAAAAAGGGUAUUUCUCACACAAUAUAUUAAUGUAUAAAAGCUGGUAAACUAUUAAUGUAAAACUAUAAAUGUAUAAUUUGGGUCAAAGUCAGUAAGCUAAACUGUGAUUAUUAAAUAAAAAGC